CUUCAUCCAUUUGCAACCACAAUCUCUACAAUUCCAAUUUACAAACCCAUUUUCGCUAAAAAAAAGGCUUUCAUUUAUUUUAGUUGCUAAGAUGUCUUCAAAAACUUUGUCAUCAGUUACCCUCUUCAUAUGCCUCAACCUAGUAUUUUUCUCUUUGGUGAGUUGCCAUUAUGUCCCUUGCCCACCACCACCACAUACCCCUAAUCCCCCUAGCCCUAGCGGUGGCCAUCAUGGAGGGAAGUCACCGACGCCAGUGCCAUCAGGCCCGUCACCACCAAGCAAAUCACCAGCAACGCCAGUGCCAUCAGGCCCAUCACCACCUAGCAAAUCACCAACACCAUCAGCACAAGGCAACUGUCCCAUAGAUGUCCUCAAGUUGGGAGCUUGUGCCAAUGUAUUGGGUAACUUGCUUGGGCUUGUCAUUGGAACUCCACCACAGAGUUCAUGCUGCUCUCUCCUACAAGGGUUGACCGACCUUAAUGCAGCAGUUUGCCUUUGCACAGCCAUUAAAGCGAAUGUUUUAGGGAUCAACCUUAACGUCCCUGUCUCCUUGAGUUUGUUGUUGAACAACUGUGGCAAAGGGGCACCCUCUGGCUUCCAAUGUUCUUAAAACUAUUACUCUCAGGGGUCAUCAAAAUCUCAAGUAUUAUUCCCAUGUUACAGCAUUAGAGCAGCUUGAAACUGUUUUAUUCAUAAUUGUAUACGUAUUUCUUUUUUUUUUUGCGUUUUUUUUUCUGUUGUAUACCACCAAGCCUAAGAUGAUAGACUUGUAGUAAUCUUUUCAAUUCAAGGGAGAAAGACAUACAUGAGUUUUCUUGAAUAAAAUUGAACAAUAUGUUUGAUAAAGUUAGUAUUAAAAAAUUCCAUGCAUGUAUAUGGUAUCUACGAUUA